CAAAACCAUUCCCCCGCGCCUUAGUGAGAUUGAGCGUAAAGGUGCGGAUAACGCUAUGUUUACAAUUACAAAGCUAUGCAACAAUCUCUCUUAAAGAGUGUCCAAAAGUGCCUACAAAAACAAAAACAAAAACAAAAACAUUCCCAACUACUACUAACAAAAUUCAUUAGUACACAUUUUGACUCAUGGAACAAUCUCAUUUUGGCACUAGCCCAAGGUAGCUCCAACACAGAGUUGGCCUUAUAUGAGGCCUCUUGUGAGCUCAACUAUGGCACCAAACCAAAUGCGUAUGCUCUGGUUCACCUUGUCCGAGCUUCUACGAACCUGGGCUACUACUCUUAUGGCCACCAGCUCCAUAGCUACAUUCUACGAUCUGGGUUUGUUUCCAAUGUCUUUGUCUCCGCUGCCCUUGUCAGAUUUUACGUAAAAGAUUCAUUGAGUGACGCCCACAAAUUGUUCGCUGAAAUUCCUCAACCAAGUGUGGUUUCUUGGAAUACUUUGAUUUCUGGAUACGUUCACUCUGGGCGGUUUAGUAAGGCAUUGGAUUUGUUUGUUCAGCUGGAAAGGUCUGACAUUUUUGCAGACUCUUUUACAUUUACGGCUGCUUUAGCUGCUUGUGGCCAAUUGUGUUUGUUGGAACUAGGUAAGUCAAUUCACACCAAGAUAGUGAAAUUUGGUGUACAAUGCAGCAUUUUUGUUGCCAAUUGCUUGAUUGAUAUGUAUGGGAAAUGUGGCGAUGUUGAUAGUGCAAUCCUUGUGUUUAACAAGAUGAAAGACAAGGAUACUAUUUCUUGGAAUUCAGUUAUAGCAGCAAGUGCUAGAAAUGGAUUGCUAGUUCAAGCAUUUGGCUUUUUGCAGCAGAUGCCUAACCCUGACACAAUCUCAUACAAUGAACUGAUAAACGGUUUGGCUCAUUUUGGUGACAUAGAAGAUGCUAUUCAUAUUAUGUCAACCAUGCCAAGUCCAAAUUCAUCUUCCUGGAAUUCAAUAAUAACAGGUUAUGUAAACCGAGAUAGAGCACGAAAAGCUCUGAACUUUUUCUGUAGAAUGCACUCAAAGGACAUAGAAAUGGAUCAGUUCACAUUUUCAAGCAUCUUAAGUGGAAUUGCUGGUCUAUCAGCUUUAACAUGGGGGAUGCUGAUUCAUUGUUGUACAAUAAAAUGCGGUUUGGGUAAAUCCAUAGUUGUGGGAAGCGCUUUAGUUGACGUGUACUCCAAAUGUGGAAGAGUAAAGAAUGCUGAGUUGAUGUUUCAGUCGCUACCCAUAAAGAACUUGGUAACAUGGAAUGCAAUGAUAUCUGGCUUUGCACUAAAUGGUGAUUCUACAAAAGUGAUCCAACUCUUUGAGCAGCUAAAAAUGGAGAGGGAUGUGAAACCGGAUGGGAUCACAUUUCUUAAUGUUUUAUCUGCAUGUUCACAUAACCAAGUGUCAUUAGAAAUUGCUACCCAAUACUUCGAAUCAAUGAUGGAGGAUUAUGGGAUUGAACCAACUGCUGAGCAUUGUUGUUCUAUGAUCCGGCUUAUGGGACAAAGGGGGGAGGUGUGGAGAGCAGAGAGGAUGAUCUUUGAGCUGGGUUUUGGGUCAUGUGGAUUGGUCUGGAGGGCUUUGCUUGGUGCUUGUGGGAAUCUGAAGCUUGCAAGGACUGCAGCUUCAAUGGUUUUAAAGUUGGAAGGUGAUGAUGAUUAUGUAUAUGUUAUGCUAUCUAAUAUUUAUGCACUUUAUGGAAAAUGGGGACAUGCAAGGGAAGUCAGGGAGUCAAUGAGGAAGAAACAGGUGAGAAAAGAAGCUGGUCGUAGUUGGAUUGUGGUGGAUAAUGUUAAUGCAAAUCUUUCCUUCUUGCGAUGAUAACUUUAACAAUGUUUAUGCAACUUCAUGUUAUUUCAAGACUGACAUCAAAGAUCACCACCUAGCUUUUGGACUGGCAUUUGUUUGCCUUAAGGAUCCAAAGCAUGCCCAAGACAUCGGCAAGUAAAAAGUAAAAACCAUAGCAACUAGGAAAAAUAAUGUUCUCUAGGCAACCGAGGGUGUUGUAGAAUUUAUAGGUUUACUAGCCAGUUUAGCAUAAUAUAAAUAAACAUUGA